AUGGUAGCUCUAGCUGGAAAGCCAUCUUUCGUCCGACUAGAUGCCGCCAAAGACUCCACAACACCUGCACAAGUCAUUGAGGUCCUUGAACGCGAAGGAGGUGUAAUCAUCAAAAACCUUAUCUCUCAAGAGCUGGCGCAACAGAUCAAAACUGACUUGAAACCUCACUUUGAUGGCGAUACCCCAGACAAAUAUGGCUUUUUUCCCGAGACCACCCAGCGAGCAAGCGGCUUGCUAGGUAUUUCUGACGCAUGUGUUGAGCUCGCAUGUAAUCCUCUCUAUAUCAGCGUGGCCAAUGCCAUGGUUUCCUCUAGCUACACCUUCUGGAGGGGGGACCAUCAGGAGACCGUGAGCGGGAAGCCAAUAAUUUCUUCCACAGUGGGAUUUCGGGUUAAUCCCGGAGGUCGACAACAGGUCUUGCACCGCGACGAUAAUGACUAUCAUCCCAGCGACAAGAAGUUACCUGUGAUGAUUGGUUGUGUGACUGCAUUAACAAAGACGACAAAGGACAAUGGUGCCACGAUUGCCAUCCCCGGAUCGCAUUUAUGGGGGCCCGAACGACGGCCUCUAGAUGAAGAAGCUAUUCCGGCAGAGCUUGAGCCGGGCGAUGCAUUGAUCUUUUUGGGCAACACCUAUCAUGCUGGAGGUGCUAAUAUCACGGAGAACGACUAUCGAGAAACGGUCGGCAUAUUCCUCUGCCAGCCCACUUUACGUCCUGCCGAGAACCAAUUUUUGAUGAUACCACUUGAGAGGGUCAGGCAGCUGAAGCCUCAAGCCCAGAGGCUUCUUGGGUACGGACUGUGUGAGCCUGGCGUCGGGUUUAUGAACUAUUCGGAUCCCAUGAGGGUCCUAUUCGGUGUGGAGGACGAGGAGACUGUCAAUAUGUGA